AUGGACUCCAGAUCUCCAGCUGAAGAAGACAGCUCCGCAGUGCCCUUCUCACCCCUCCACGGUGAUGAACGGUUCUAUGCUCGCCUUACUUCCAGGGAUUCAGCUCCAAUAGGCUUGUCUUCUGGAGUUUAUCGCAGGGCCUGCGGCCGGGUUCCUUUCGACUGGGAAACACGGCCGGGUACGCCCAAGAGGCCGACUGAAGGCGAAGCAAUUCCGCCGCUCAGCCCCCCACCGAUGCUGCAGGGUGCACAGCUUGCUCGACGCAGCUGCCGAGCCGAAGCAACCUCAACGCCGUUGAGGUUUCGGAUUUGGAACGCCGUGACAAGCCAUGGAAGCAAGAACCGGAGACAGAAGAAAGCACGUGAGUGCAUGUCAAGUCGUGGUUACUGGAGCACUACGAUGGCUUCUAAUAGUUGCUUCAUGAAACCAUGGAAGCUAGCAAUUUUUGGUCGUGUCAAGAGGUGGGACUUUUGA